AUGAGGAUCCGAGCCCCCCAAACUGGAGGUAGCUUUGCGGUGUGGGGGGGCCUGUUCUCCACCAUCGACUGCGGUCUGGUGCAGCUGCGGGGCAAGGAAGAUCCCUGGAACUCCAUCACUAGUGGAGCACUGACCGGGGCCGUGCUGGCUGCCCGCAGUGGCCCAUUGGCUAUGGUGGGCUCGGCGAUGAUGGGGGGCAUCCUCUUGGCCCUCAUCGAGGGUGUCGGCAUCCUCCUCACUCGCUACACUGCCCAGCAGUUCCGCAAUGUGCCCCCGUUCCUGGAGGACCCCAGCCAGCUGCCCCCUAAGGAGGGUACCCCGGCCCCAGACUAUCCCAGCUAUCAGCAAUACCACUGAGGAAGCGACCGCCUAACACCACCACCGUGGGAGCUGCUCCUCGGUUCCCUCCCCAAUGAUCUACCUCGAAGGGAGGGCUGGCUCCCAGUUAGCUCUGGGACCCUCUAGAGAGGGCCUCUAUAUUGCUCCUUUGUCCCAGGGUGGGGGUGGGGCACCCCAGCUGCCCUGAUAGAUGGGUCCCCUUUUUCUCAGGGCACCCUAGCCCCAGACUCACAUGUAACAAGCUCUCACCCAGCUCCUUCGUGUGGCACCCUGAUGAAUAUUU